CUUAACAUAAUAAAAAAAACAAUGAAAGAACUACAGUUAAAACUUGAAAGGAUGAAAAAAGAAAAUGGAAAGCCAAAAGAGGUUGAGAAAGCAUCCUCUCAGGAAGUAGUUGCUGCACCUGAAUUACAUUAUCUAAGAAAGCAAGCUCAAGAACUGGUGGAUGAAAAUGAUGGAUUGAAAAUGACUGUUCAUCAUUUGAAUGUAGAACUGAGUAGAUAUCAAACAAAAUUCAGGCAUUUAUCCAAGAAAGAGAGUUUAAAUAUUGAAGGCCUCCCAUCAAAGGGCCCUACACCACCCUGGUUGGUGGAUAUGAAAUACCUGUCCCCCUUGUUGCUCGCCUACGAAGACAGGAUGAAAGAGAAGGACGAGCUCGUUGCCAGCCUUCAGGAGGAAAUGAGAAUGUUUAGAAUUCGAGUCCAAGAAGUGGUAAAAGAAAACGAGAAACUGCAUCAAGAGCUGAAUAAGAGUAGUCCUGUCACCAGUGAAGAAUGGCACGUGGUGGUGUUUCUGGCGGCAGCUUCAGACUCAAGCCGAACUGGUUUUAGAAGAAAACAAGUUGUUGAUCGAGCAGUUGGAGAUUCAGCAAAGAAAAGCCAAGGACACCCACCAGGAGCGUCUCCAGGAAG